AUGGCCUCAGCACAGGAUAUUACCGGCGCCUCAGCGUUCGGAAAGCAGCUCGAAGUCUCUGCCAGCCUUGGUCUCUCGACUUCCCCUACUGCUACGUUUCAUUCUCCUCCCUCCAGCUUUGGCGGACCUGCUCUCGCCAGGAGGCCCGCCCCCAAGCUCCUGAAGCCUUUCGACACCCAGGACAUCAAGAUUCUGCUCCUCGAGAACGUCAACCAAACCGGCAAAGACAUCCUUACUGAACAGGGCUACCAGGUUGAAGCUCUGAAGACGUCUUUGCCCGAGGAUCAGCUCAUUGAGAAAAUUCGGGACGUCCACGUCAUUGGUAUUCGCUCCAAGACGAAAUUGACCGAGAAAGUACUUCGUGAGGCCAAGAACCUACUUGUCAUCGGCUGCUUCUGCAUCGGCACCAACCAGGUCGACCUCGAGUACGCCGCUGCCCAUGGUAUCGCCGUGUUCAACUCUCCCUUCGCCAACUCUCGCAGUGUGGCUGAGCUCGUCAUUGCGGAAAUUAUUACUUUGGCCCGCCAGCUUGGCGACCGCUCGAACGAAAUGCACCGCGGCACCUGGAAUAAGGUCAGCGCGAAGUGCUGGGAGAUCCGCGGCAAGACACUUGGCAUCGUCGGCUACGGCCACAUUGGCUCCCAAUUGUCCGUCUUGGCCGAAGCAAUGGGAAUGAAUGUUGUCUACUACGACGUUGUCAAUCUGAUGGCCAUGGGUACUGCGAGACAGGUGCCGACUUUGGACAGCCUGCUAGAAGAGGCGGACUUCGUGACCCUCCACGUGCCAGAACUGCCCGAAACCAAGAACAUGAUUGGAGCUGUUCAACUGGAGAAGAUGAAGACCGGUGCCUAUUUGAUCAACGCCAGUCGUGGCACUGUUGUCGACAUUCAGGCUCUCAUCAACGCCAUGCGCUCUGGCAAGAUUGCUGGCGCUGCUCUUGACGUCUAUCCCAAUGAGCCCGCCGCCAAUGGCGACUACUUUAACAGCUCUCUUAAUGCCUGGGGAGAGGAUCUGCGCAACUUGAACAACAUCAUUCUUACUCCGCACAUCGGUGGAAGCACUGAGGAGGCACAGCGCGCAAUUGGUGUGGAAGUUGCCGAGGCUCUUGUGCGCUACAUCAACCAGGGCAUCACAUUGAACAGCGUGAACUUGCCUGAAGUGAACCUGAGAUCCUUGACUCUUGACGAACCCGACCACGCUCGUGUCAUCUAUAUUCAUCGCAACAUCCCCGGUGUUCUGCGCAGAGUCAAUGAGAUUCUGGGCAACCACAACGUCGACAAGCAAAUUACUGACAGUAAGGGUGAUAUCGCCUACCUUAUGGCUGACGUCAGCGAUGUGAAGGGGGAGGACAUCAAGGAUAUCUCAGACAGUCUCGACGCUCUAAGCUCUCGUAUCUUGACCCGUGUCUUGUACUAG